AAUUCAGCUGCUUUUGAAGUGAAAAUUUCUACCAGUUCUAGGGUUGGGAGGACUAGCGCGCGGACCUACAGGAAGAGACAGAGCGCGCUAUGCCUGUGGUGUCAGACGCAGCUCCGGAUUUGCGAUAGCUUCGCGCUGUGCUCCUGCCUUACACUAUAACCGAACGGAUUACAUUAUUUGUCUUUAUUUCCAAACCGUUUUAAAGAAGAUUAUUUCGAACUAGUUAUUAAUGAAUCAGAUGAAUGAAAUACCAACAAAAUAAACGAGAAUUGGGUCAUGAUCACAUCGCCCUCCGCUACUGCUCUAAGAAAUAGCGAUACUAAUCUAGCCUGGGAAAGCAGCAAGUCUCGGAAUAAUAGCACCGCAACCAUCAACAAGCCUUUUCUCCAUUCCGUUCCUCCAUCGGACCCUGUACGGCAAGCUAACCGACUUCCCAUCAAGGUUUUGAAAAUGCUUACGGCACGCACUGGACACAUUUUGCACCCAGAGUACCUUCAACCUUUACCGUCUACUCCGGUUAGUCCAAUCGAGCUAGACGCCAAGAAAAGUCCGCUUGCGCUUCUUGCGCAAACAUGUUCUCAGAUUGGUAAACCGGACCCACCACCCUCCUCAAAGCUCUCCUCCGUAACAUCAAAUGGAUCUAACGAAAAGGAAUCCAAAUCCGGUCCUUUAAAAUUGAGUGACAUCGGCGUGGAAGACAAAUCCAGCUUCAAACCUUACUCUAAACCAGCAGAUAAGAAGGACUCGUCCUCGGGGGUUUCGAGUGGGGAAAAGUCUGGUUUCCGUGUGCCUAGCGCCACCUGCCAGCCGUUUACUCCCAGGACUGGCAGUCCGAAUUCCAGCACUUCGGCUUCCCCAAUGCCAUCGGAUGGCAAAGGAGAGAGAGAUGAAAAGAAAGAAUCUGAUUGUAAUAAGAAUUGUACUGCAGAUGGAUCUGGACCUACCAAUGUCAGCCACAGCAGGAUAAGCGUAAGCUGUGCUGGAAUUAACGUGGAAGUCAACCAGCACCAGGAAACAACAUCAGGAUCAAAGCCCACUACGUCGGAGUCAUCGUCUGUUACCUCCGCUUCCUCGGCAUCCGUUCUAGGGUCAGGACUUGUAGCUCCUGUUUCGCCAUACAAACCAGGACAGACAGUUUUUCCUUUACCACCAGCCGGCAUGACGUACCCUGGAAGUUUAGCAGGGGCCUACGCUGGUUACCCUCAACAUUUCCUUCCCCACGGUGGAAGCCUGGUUAAUGCACAGCUUGCCAGUUCGUUGGGCUGCAGUAAAGCUGGAUCAAGCCCCUUAGCCGGGGCAUCUCCUCCAUCGAUAAUGUCUGCAAGCCUUUGUAGAGACCCAUACUGCUUAAGUUACCAUUGUGCCAGUCACUUAGCUGGUGCAGCCAGUGCCUCCUGCACGCACGACUCGGCGGCUGCAGCCGCUGCCUUGAAGUCCGGAUAUCCACUCAUGUACCCGACACAUCCUUUGCACGGCGUUCACUCCACGCCGCCAUCUUUUGGUGGACACCCUUUGUAUCCCUAUGGCUUCAUGCUUCCCAAUGACCCCUUGCCACAUGUCUGUAACUGGGUUUCGGCUAAUGGACCUUGUGACAAGCGUUUCUCAUCAUCCGAAGAACUUCUUAACCACCUGCGGACGCACACCGCUUUCACUGGUGCCGACAAGUUAAUAUCGGGUUACCCCAGUUCAUCAUCGCUAGCUAGCGCUGCCGCCGCAGCUAUGGCAUGCCAUAUGCACAUGCCACCCUCGGGAGCUCCUGGGAGCCCUGGGACAUUGGCACUUAGGAGUCCGCAUCAUGCAUUAGGACUAAGCAGCCGCUAUCAUCCUUAUUCAAAGAGCCCAUUGCCAACUCCCGGUGCCCCAGUCCCCGUACCUGCCGCUACUGGCCCGUAUUACUCUCCCUAUGCACUGUACGGUCAAAGACUUACCACAGCAUCAGCGCUUGGAUACCAGUGAAACAGACUCCCAAAUUUAUAGAUUAUAAAGAUUCAACUAUAAAGACUUUUAUAUCAACGCACCACUGAAGGACUGGAUCCGUGGACUCACUGUAUUUAUUUAUGUCAGCUUAAAGCGGACAAUAAUACAAUGGAAAAUAUUUGAGCAACUCAAAAGUGCAUUACGUUUAAACCCAGUAGGUAAAGUGAAACAUGUUAGAAUACUAAUAAAAUAGGGUUCUUCAGUUCGACGUUGAUUUGAAAUUGCUAUGAUUGUAUUGUACGUUCUUAUUUAAUGUCUCAUUGAAAAGAAAAUAAUUUACAUGCAUGUUUGUUUUUUAAAUCCCAAAUUGUCCACAUAAUUUUAAAUUGCCGUUAUUUUUCAGGUGUAUACCAUGGAGAGAGAAUUGGUAUUUUUUUGUAUGUAUUCUGGAAAAAUAAGAAACAAUUCUGUUCCAUA